AUGGGAGGGGCACGAAGUCCAGGAGCCAGGGGCUCGAAGCCGGGACCCCAGCCCAGCCCUGUGCCCACAGAUGGAUUCGCCCUUGGCCGGGCCCCACUGGCUCCUCCCUACGCCGUGGUCCUCAUUUCCUGCUCUGGCCUCCUGGCCUUCAUCUUCCUCCUCCUCACCUGUCUGUGCUGCAAACGGGGCGAUGUCGGCUUCAAGGAGUUUGAGAACCCUGAAGGGGAGGACUGUUCUGGGGAGUACACUCCCCCAGCGGAGGAGACCUCCUCCUCACAGUCGCUGCCUGAUGUCUACAUUCUCCCGCUGGCUGAGGUCUCCCUGCCAAUGCCUGCCCCACAGCCUUCACACUCAGACAUGACCACCCCCCUGGGCCUUAGCCGCCAGCACCUCAGCUACCUACAAGAGAUUGGGAGUGGCUGGUUUGGGAAGGUGAUCCUGGGAGAGAUCUUCUCUGACUACACCCCAGCCCAGGUGGUGGUGAAGGAGCUCCGAGCCAGCGCAGGGCCCCUGGAGCAGCGCAAGUUCAUCUCAGAAGCACAGCCGUACAGGAGCCUGCAGCACCCCAAUGUCCUCCAGUGCCUGGGCCUCUGUGUGGAGACACUGCCCUUUCUGCUGAUUAUGGAGUUCUGUCAACUGGGCGACCUGAAGCGUUAUCUGCGGGCCCAGCGGCCCCCUGAAGGCCUGUCCCCUGAGCUUCCUCCUAGAGACCUGCGGACACUGCAGAGGAUGGGCCUGGAGAUCGCUCGCGGACUGGCGCACCUGCACUCUCACAACUACGUGCACAGCGACCUGGCCCUGCGCAACUGCCUGCUGACCUCCGACCUCACCGUGCGCAUCGGAGACUACGGGCUUGCCCACAGCAACUACAAGGAGGACUACUACCUGACCCCAGAGCGUCUGUGGAUCCCGCUGCGCUGGGCGGCGCCCGAGCUCCUUGGAGAGCUGCAUGGGACCUUCAUGGUGGUGGACCAGAGCCGCGAGAGCAACGUCUGGUCCCUGGGGGUGACCCUGUGGGAGCUAUUUGAGUUUGGGGCACAGCCCUACCGCCACCUGUCAGACGAGGAGGUCCUCGCCUUCGUGGUCCGCCAGCAGCAUGUGAAGUUGGCCCGCCCUAGGCUCAAGCUGCCUUAUGGGGAUUACUGGUAUGAUAUCCUGCAGUCCUGUUGGCGGCCACCUGCCCAGCGCCCCUCAGCCUCUGAUCUCCAACUGCAGCUCACCUACCUGCUCUCUGAGAGGCCCCCCAGACCCCCACCCCCUCCUCCCCCACCCCGAGAUGGUCCUUUCCCUUGGCCAUGGCCCCCUACGCACAGUGUGCCCCGCCCGGGGACACUUUCCUCGCCAUUUCCCCUUCUGGAUGGCUUCCCUGGGGCUGACCCUGACGAUGUGCUCACAGUCACUGAGAGCAGCCGUGGCCUCAACCUGGAGUGCCUGUGGGAGAAGGCCCGGCGAGGGGCUGGCCGGGGUGGGGGGGCACCUCCCUGGCAGCCGGCGUCUGCGCCCUCAGCCCCCCACACCAACCCCUCCAACCCUUUCUAUGAGGCGCUGUCCACGCCCAGCGUACUGCCAGUCAUCAGUGCCCGCAGCCCCUCAGUGAGCAGCGAGUACUACAUCCGCCUCGAGGAGCAUGGCUCCCCACCUGAGCCCCUCUUUCCCAAUGACUGGGACCCCCUGGACCCAGGAGUGCCUGCCCCUCAGACUCCCCAGGCCCCCUCCGAGGUCCCCCAGUUGGUGUCCGAGACAUGGGCCUCCCCCCUCUUCCCUGGGCCCCGGCCCUUCCCGGCCCAGUCCUCAGGGUCAGGCAGCUUCCUGCUGAGUGGCUGGGACCCCGAGGGCCGUGGCGCCGGGGAGACCCUGGCGGGAGACCCUGCUGAGGUGCUCGGGGAGCGAGGGAAUGCUCAGUGGGCUGAAGAGGAGGAGGAGGAGGAGGAAGGCAGUUCCCCAGGAGAGGACAGCAGCAGCCUUGGGGGUGGCCCCAGCCGCGGGGGCCCCCUACCCUGCCCCCUGUGCAGCCGCGAGGGGGCCUGCUCCUGCCUACCACUGGAGCAGGGGGAUGCUGUGGCUGGCUGGGGGGGCCACCCUGCCCUUGGCUGCCCCCACCCCCCAGAGGACGACUCAUCCCUGCGGGCAGAGCGAGGCUCCCUGGCCGACCUGCCCCUGCCCCCCCCCUCUUCGGCCCCCCCAGAAUUUCUGGACCCCCUCAUGGGGGCCGCGGCACCCCACUCGGCCGUGGCCAGUCCCGGCUCAGGACUGUCAUCUCCGGGCCCCAAGCCGGGGGACAGUGGCUACGAGACCGAGACCCCUUUUUCCCCCGAGGGAGCCUUCCCAGGUGGGGGGGCAGCCGAGGAGGAAGGGGUCCCUCGGCCGCGGGCUCCCCCCGAGCCACCCGACCCAGGAGCGCCCCGGCCACCCCCAGACCCGGGUCCCCUCCCACUCCCAGGGACCCGGGAGAAGCCAACUUUCGUGGUUCAAGUGAGCACCGAGCAGCUGCUGAUGUCCCUGCGGGAGGAUGUGACAAGGAACCUCCUGGGAGAGAAGGGGGUGACUCCUCAGGAGACAGGACCCAGGAAGCCAGGGAGAGGCCCCGGGAACAGAGAGAAAGUCCCCAGCCUGAACAGGGACCCAACAGUACUGGGCAACGGGAAGAAAGCCCCGAGCCUGAGCUUCCCUGUGAACGGGGUGACAGUGUUGGAGAACGGGGGACAGAGAGCCCUGGGCAUCGAGGAGAAGACAGCGGAGAAUGGGGGCUUGGGGUCCCCAGAGAGAGAAGAGAAAGUGCUGGAGAAUGGGGAGCUGACACCCCCAAGGAGGGAGGAGAAAGAGUUGGAGAAUGGGGAGCUGAGGUACCCAGAGGCCGGGGAGAAGGUGCUGGUGAAUGGGGGACUGACACCCCCAAAGAUCGAGGAGAAAGUGUCAGAGAAUGGGGGCCUGAAAUUUCCCAGGAACAUGGAGAGGCCACCAGAGACUGGGCCUUGGAGAGCCCCAGGGCCCUGGGAGAAGAUACCCAAGAGUGGGGGUCCAGCCCCCACGAUCGGGGAGCCAGCCCCAGAGACCUCGCUGGAGAGAGCCCCCGAACCCAGCGCAGCAGCCUUGCCCCAGAACGGCGGGGAGACAGCCCCUGGCCCAGCCCCCAGCAGCGGGAUGCUGGAACCCGGGACCGAGAGGAUAGCCCACGAGACUGGGGGGGUGCCGAGAGCCCCCGGGGCUGGGAGGCUGGACCUCGAGAGUGGGGGCCGAGCCCCAGUGGGCACGGGGAUGGCCCCCGGCGGCGGCCCCGGAAGCGGCGUGGACGCAAAGGCCGGAUGGGUAGACAGCACGAGGCCACUGCCACUGCUGCUGCCACCGCCACCGGAGACACAACCGAGGAGGCUGGAGCCAGUGCUCCCGAGAGCCAGGCCGGAGGUGGCCCCCGAGGGAGAGCCCGGGGUCCCAGACAGCAGGGCCGGCGGAGACAUGGCACCCAGCGGAGACGGGGACCCCCCCAAGCCCGAGAGGAAGGGCCCCGAGAUGCCACGACUUUUCUUGGACUUGGGACCCCCUCAGGGGAACAGCGAGCAGAUCAAAGGUGAGGAGGCGUUGGGGAGAAUAGUUGAGACGCCAACCAACGAGCUGAGCGUCCAGGGCCCCCCCGAGGGGGACUCGGACCCGUCAACGCCCCCAGCGCCCCCGACGCCUCCCCACCCCGCCACCCCCGGAGAUGGAUUUCCCAGCAACGACAGCGGCUUUGGAGGCAGUUUCGAGUGGGUGGAGGAUUUCCCCCUCCUCCCCCCACCAGGCCCCCCCCUGUGCUUCUCCCGCUUCUCCGUUUCACCUGCGCUGGAGACCCCGGGGCCCCCCGCCCGGGCCCCCGACGCCCGGCCCGCAGAAGAGGGGUUGAGAGUAGAAUCCUCUGUGGACGAUGGAGCCACUGCCACCACCACAGACAUCGCCUCUGGGGAGGCCCCCGAGGCUGGGCCCUCCCCUUCCCCCACCAUGUGCCAAAUGGGAGGCCCUGGCCCCCAGCCACCCAGCCCCCCGGAUGGCUCCCCUGACCUCCCCGACCCCCUCGGUGCCAAGUGA